UUCUCGAUAAAUCGAAACUACUUCUCCAUCUUCAGUUUAAUUUAUUCUACGAUUGGAUAAAGAUUGGCGGGUAAAGAAGUUUAUCUAAAAAAAUUUAAUAUAACUUUUUAUUUUUAUAUUAUACUUACAUGUGAAAUAUAUAUUGUAAUUUAAAUGAAAAGAUUUAUCUUUCUAUAACUUGUAAUUUUAUUUUAUCGUGCAAUCUUUUCAAAUUUCAAAUAUAAUGGAAACUGCAAAGACUAGGUAUUCGAGAACAAGAGAAGAAAUACAUAAAAGUUUAGAAUUAGCUGUUAUUAAGGAAUCUGAUUUGCAGAAUGUAACGCAAAUUUUAUAUUCUGCACAAGAACAUGAUAUAGAAAAACAUAUAAAAUUAUUAGAACUUGAUGAACAUUUAAUAGAGGCAAUAAAUAAAGGAGACAGUUUAACAUUUCAGGGUAAUAAAAAAGAUUUUGCAGUAUUAUGUACAAAAAAUCGAACAUAUGAUAUUAGAGAAGCAGGAACAUCUAAUUCUUGUUUAUUAGUACCAAAAUUAAAUUUAUUUGAACAAACAAAAGUAAAUACAGACCAAAUAAUAAAAUAUUAUAAUGUUUGUGGAAUAUUUCAUACAUAUUAUGAGACAAAAGAAUGUAAGCCUAAAUGGGAAAAAUUACUUAAUAUACUUGAGCCCACAUCUUUUAAAGGAAUAGAAUAUGAAUCAUCAAUAUGUCAUGAACUUUUAUAUAAUUGGCAUAGAUUACAAAACGAAAUACAAGCUAGUGAAGAUGAACUAAUUCAAGCUUUAAAUGAUUAUUUAAUAGUUAAUAUUGAUGGUUAUUUUCGUUUAAUAUCAUUUGAAUUUGAAGUUCGAAGUUUAACACUUAUGUUAGAUAUUUUGGAAGAAAAUAGUUGGGCAUUAAAUGAAGUAGAUAAAGAAUUUACAUAUGAAUCUUUGAAAGAAUUUAUUUUUAAAUCAAUUUUUGAUGCUAUAUUUGCAAGAUAUGCACAAGUAAGUGAAAAAUCAAAAAAGGAUGGAACAUUAUUAUAUAGGUACAAUGAGGAAAAAUGUUGCAAGACUUUAGCAAAAGUACUCCUUGCUGUUUCUCCAAUAACUGAAUAUAAACAAUUUAUGAAAUCAUGGCAUAUUGGCACACCAGAAAAAAUAGAACCAAAAGAAGAAUAUUUACAAGGAAUUGCUCUUAUCAAAUGGAAUAACUCAACAAUGACAAGAGAAGUGGUAUCAUUCACAGAAGCUAAUUUGCCAAUAGAUAUUAAUGAAAGAUUUAAUGAACUUUUUAAAGCAAAAAAUAAAUGGACAGUUCAGGAAAUAACACCUUAUAUAAUAAAUUUAACAACAAACAAAAUGAAUGUUAAUGCUCUUCUAACUAAAUAUGCUAGGUGUUCAAUUAUUAAUAAUAUUAAAUAUUAUAGUUCAAAAUAUGGUAAAUAGUUAAGUAAAAAUCAUUUUAAUGAUACAAAUGCCAUAAUUUUAGCUUCUAACUUUUUUCUCUCCAAGAGUCUGAUUUUCAAUUAAUCAGGCUAUUUCCUUCUUUUUUUCUGAAGAGUCAUUAUUUAUUUCCAUUGUUCCAUUAUUAAAUAUUACUUUCACUUUUGAUUAGUUGAUUUUUGCAAAAGUAGACUAGAUAUUAUUAAAUUAGUCAGUGAAAUUAAAUACAUGAAAUAAUAAUUGAAAUAAUUGUAAUAAUUGAAAUAAUUGAAAUAAUUGUAAGUGAUAAAGAAUAAUUUCUUUUGAUAAUAUAAGAUAAUAAGAGAUUUUUUUAAAGUAUAAAGAGAGCAGUAUUUCUAUAAAGCAAAAAAAAAGGGAAAGAGCUACAAUUGGUUCAUGAGUUGUUAAUUCGCGUAAUUAAAUAAAAUAAAUACUUAUUGUUGAAAUGACAAAAAAAUAUCAAUACCAUGUUACAAUUAUUAAUUAAAUGGACGCAUUUUUAUUAAAAUAUGUACAAUAAUGUGAGUAUGUUGAUGCUGACUUGUUGUUGUUAAUAUUGUGCUAUUAUGUAGCAAUCUUAUAAGUAUUCAUAAUGCUGAAAUUAUCUUACUAUUUAUUAUUUUGCCUGUAGUAAUAAUACAUAGUUACAUUUACACAAUUUUAUAAAUAUUUUUUAAAUAUUGUGUCUUAAUUUUUAUUACUUAAUUAAUAACAGUGAUUCAAUGAUGCUAGAAUAUUUUAAUUUCAAUAAUUAUUUUAUCCUUUUUUUAAAAAAAAAAAUUACAACUAUUUUUAUAUACUAAUAAUUAUAAAUAGUUUAUAUAUUUAUUAUUUUGUUAUACAAAUUACGAAAUCUUGUAUGAUCGUGGAAGAUAUUUAGCUAUAAAAAAACUAAAAUAAAUUAAGCUUUUAUUAUUUUUAAAUUGAUUUUGUGUAUGUGUGCGCGCGCGCUAUAUAUGUAUAUACAAAUAAUCGAGUAAGUUUAUUGAAUGAUAAUUGAAAAAUUUAUAUAAUAUAUAAUCAGCUCACUAAUAAAAUUUGUUACAUAUACAAUUUUUUAAAUUAUCCAACAUGUGUUUUAUAAAAAAAAAGUUUUCUAACAAUAUUUUAAUUUUAUUAUAUCAUCAUAUAUUGUAAUAUUCGUCAUGGCAUACUUAAAAACUAUUAUUAUUGUAUAUAAAGAAGAAUCAUAAAACAAAACAUAUAUUUUAUGUAGUAUUACAAUAUUGAAGAUGAUAUAAACAUGCAUCAUGAAAGAUAUAGGAUUGAAAACUUUUAAAUAUUUCAAUAGAAUUCUGAUAAAUACGCGACUACAAUUUGUGGAAAAAAAA